AUGGGAGCCCAUAAGCCUAGACUUAUAAUUUUGGUGCGGCACGGCGAAAGCGUGUCAAACAAGGACAAAACAGUGAAUCAACACGUACCGAACCAUCAGAUCCCACUAACGGAAAACGGCUGGAGACAGGCACGAAGAUCGGGCGCGCAACUUUUGCAGUUUUUGAAUGUAGACGACCAGGAAGAAUGCAAGAAACUAGCAGACAAGUAUUUCUUCGAGGACGAAAAGGUCCCACAGCUCAAACAGCACUACGCCCAAAAUAAUCGAAAUUUAGACAGCAAUGUGGUGUUUUACACAUCGCCGUACAAACGGACCCGCGAAACGUUACGUGGAAUACUGGAUGUUCUGGACGAAUACAACGAGAGUAAUUGUGGUGUUUCGGCGCGGCAAAAUGAUGGAUAUCAGCCCUGUGGGAACAUGAAACUUGCACAUUGGCAAUCGCCAGAAUUUCCACAUGGCUACUAUGAGAACAAGGAGUCACGUGAGCUCAAAGAGAGUUUUUGCAAGACUGCAGAACGCAAGACAUUUAUUCACUAUCGGGUCAAGGACGAUCCCCGCAUUCGUGAGCAAGAUUUCGGCAAUUUCCAAGAGCUUAAGGCCAUGCGAGAUGUGAUGAGUACGCGCACUAACUACGGCCAUUUUUUUUUCCGUUUCCCGCAGGGCGAAAGUGCGGCUGAUGUCUACGACCGCUGUGCCAGUUUCCAAGAGACGUUAUUUAGGCAUUUCAAUCAACCAGGCCGAAAACCACGAGACGUCGUUGUUUUGGUGACGCACGGUAUCUAUCUACGGGUUUUCCUCAUGAAGUGGUUUAGAUGGACUUACGAGGAGUUCGAGACCUUCACCAACGUGCCCAAUGGCUCGUUGGUAGUCAUGGAACUCGAUCCGGAGCUUGAUCGGUAUGUUCUACGCACUACGCUACCUAAAUGGUGCUGA